ACUGUGAAAAAUGUAGCCUUUAAAGUGAAGUUUUUUAUUAUUUAGAAUAUUUAAAAAACAGUGCACAGCAAAAUGGGAAACAAAAGUGGCUAUUCUUUAUCUCGCCCCAGACUGUCUCGGAAAAAAGGAUACGUACAGAGACGACGACUAUUGCGGAUGAUGCAGGCUGAAAAAGCAAAGCACUCUAAGACCACUGAAGAUGCUAAUGACAAAUGCAACCAUUUUGAUCAAUUUGUCGAAUCACCAAGUGACAAGAUAGAUACUGAAGAUACAAAAAUUGAUAUCUCAAUAAAGCAGUUCCUGGAUUCAACUUCAAACACAAUGUCAGCAUCCACAGACAACAUACCAGAACCACAACUCUUCACACAUUCCAUCAUAAAUACUCAUCCAGUCGACAAAAUGUUAAAGAUGGAGUGUAUAGAAGAACCUCUGAGUGAAACACAGUUGUCCUCUACAAUGAAACUCGAAGAUAUGACAGAUUAUGACAGAGUUGCAGCUACCUUGGAACAACUAGUUGAGGAUUAUGGGGGUAAAUUGGUACGUCAAACUGGUGUCAUCAGUUAUGAAUACACAUUGCCUGCAAAUCAGACGGCGACUCCGACAAUAGUUCCAGACAAUCCUCAGAUCUCAAACGUUACUCAGCAAAAGGAGAAUUCGGCGCCAAUCAAACUGGAAAGCGAUAAUAUAAGUGAGCCUCAAGAAAAUGUUCAGCUGGAAAGUGAGCCAUGUGCAGGAGCUAACUUGGAACCUGUUACACAAACUCAAGGUACAACUACGACGACUACGUCCUCCGUGGCGUCCACCAAUACACAGACUCAACAAAAAGAGAAUUACGUGUAUAACAAAUCUGGACGUAAGAUAGGAAGAGUUAUUUAUGUGCGCCGAUCUGAUACUAGACAAGUACCCGCACUUGUUGCCUGCGAGAGAUCGAAUCCCGGACCAGCGAUUCAGACACCUAUGGAACACACUAGUAUAGGAGGGAUAUUUAAUAUAGCCGGCAACAAAAAUACAACUUGCGAACAGAUUGACGAAGCCAAGAAGAAUCAAUCCAGUGAUGGAGAAUCUACGUUUAAUAGGAUGGAGGAUGAUCUUUUCGCUCGAUCUUUCCCCUCACUGAUGGUGGUAGUGAGACCAAGUAUCCGUGACAAAUACAUCAGGUCGCAAGUCGCGCACACGGAGAGACGAGCACUAGACGAUAAAGUCAAAAACAUGCUCGGGUUUUCUGCAGCAAAAUUCACCGAAUGGUUAUUUGAGCAGGGCUUGGUGAAAUCGAGGCAGUACUGUUCGCAUCAUAGCACCAAGUCUGAAAAAGUUAAUCUCAAGUUAGAAAUGUACAGUGUUCGAGGAACGUUUCCUUAUUCCGGCGGCUACGUCUGGAGCUCCAAUUGUUGUCCCGAUAGAUACGUUUCCGUCUUUUCUGGUUCUGUUUUUCAAGAAGCUCCGUACAUGCCCACUGUCCUGUUGAAGCUGAUUUAUCAUUGGGCAUGUCAAACUGACGUGCAGAACGUAAUCUCUUGGGUGAACGUGUCCAAUAUAUAUCUACAAAACUUUUAUGCAAAUCUACGUAGCAUUUGUACAGCGGCGGUAUGGGACAAGUCUCGCAAAAUGGGCGGUAAAAACUCGGAGAUACAAGUCGGCGUGAUCAAAUUAAGGACCAUGUUAACCAUGCCAAGUGGACAUACGCGACAGGUACAAAUCGAGGUUCUCGCUGUUCUGGAUCCCGUGACGUCGGAUAUACGAUUACGCGCCUGUGACCCAAUGCAAGGCGGAGAUCGAUUAGUCAGGAGACGAUUUCACAAUAUUCUACGUCCGUUGAAAGAGUGGGUGCACACGGAUUCCAAGAUAAUGACCGAUUUCACCGUCGACAAGCGCGCUUUGAACGACUUGGGAUAUAAUCACGUUGUACAGUCUGCAUUCGCGGGGCAGAAUUCUAAAAACAUGAACAACUUCCACAUGGAAUUUCUGCGAAAAAGCGUGUGGGCAAUGUUUCAGAAGACGAUGUUAAGCUUGCUCGGUAGACACAUGAUACAACAAUUCUUGGACGAAUUAAUCUGGAGAGAAACGUAUGGCGGUACGUCGAAACGCGCGUUCGACAACAUUAUCCGGCACAUCGCAGAGCAGACCAAGUUUGACUUAAACAACAAUCUGAUAAACCGCUUGGCGAAAAUAGCUAGCAAUCCGUUUCAUGAUUGGUCUUACACAAUGACGCAUUCGGCGGGCGACAUUCUGGAGAAGCGAGGAAGGAAACGGAUUUAUCCCGCGACAAAUCUGGGGCAAGACCCGAAGAAAAUUAUUCUGGAGCCGAAGGAUAACACAGAGAAGGAGGAGGAAGAAGAUUCACCAUGUGAAAAGAGAUCAAAAACGGUGAAGUGUCAACCUUGCCUUGAAUACUUGUAUAACUUGUUGUCGGACGUACAGAGAAACGUUCCAGUUCUUAUAUUAUGCAAUAAGCAGGAUCAAACUGUGGCCAAGGGAUGCGCAGUGACAAGAACAAUGUUGGAGAAGGAGAUGAAUCUGCUGCGAAUGACAAAGACAAGUCAAUUGGAAGGCACCGACGCCUCGUCAACGAACGUCUUCCUCGGGAAGCAGGAAAAGGAUCUCGAAUUUUCACAUUUCGAUUCGCAGAAUCUGUCAGCAUCCACAGACAACAUACCAGAACCACAACUCUUCACACAUUCCAUCAUAAAUACUCAUCCAGUCGACAAAAUGUUAAAGAUGGAGUGUAUAGAAGAACCUCUGAGUGAAACACAGUUGUCCUCUACAAUGAAACUCGAAGAUAUGACAGAUUAUGACAGAGUUGCAGCUACCUUGGAACAACUAGUUGAGGAUUAUGGGGGUAAAUUGGUACGUCAAACUGGUGUCAUCAGUUAUGAAUACACAUUGCCUGCAAAUCAGACGGCGACUCCGACAAUAGUUCCAGACAAUCCUCAGAUCUCAAACGUUGUAAAAUGUUGCUUAUCAUUUGAGACUCAGCAAAAGGAGAAUUCGGCGCCAAUCAAACUGGAAAGCGAUAAUAUAAGUGAGCCUCAAGAAAAUGUUCAGCUGGAAAGCGAGCCAUGUGCAGGAGCUAACUUGGAACCUGUUACACAAACUCAAGGUACAACUACGACGACUACGUCCUCCGUGGCGUCCACCAAUACACAGACACAACAAAAAGAGAAUUACAUGUAUAACAAAUCUGGGCGUAAGAUAGAAAGAGUUAUUUAUGUGCGCCAACCUGAUGCCAUACAAAAGGUACGGAAAAGUUGGAAGGCUCAGCGGAAUCAGUCGAUUCAGAAACCUAUGGAACGGGCUAGUAUAGGAGGAAUAUCCGUCGGCAGCAAAAAAUUGCAGGUGGAAACGAAGAAUGCUUACAUUCUUGGGAUCCUUCAGGAAACCCUUAGAAAACAUAGAACAAUUAAUUCUACGAAUUUUGUAGCUUGCGAACAGAUUGACGAAGCCAAGAAGAAUCAAUCCAGUGAUGGAGAAUCGACGUUUAAUAGGAUGGAGGAUGAUCUUUUCGCUCGAUCUUUCCCCUCACUGAUGGUGGUAGUGAGACCAAGUAUCCGUGACAAAUACAUCAGGUCGCAAGUCGCGCACACGGAGAGACGAGCACUAGACGAUAAAGUCAAAAACAUGCUCGGGUUUUCUGCAGCAAAAUUCACCGAAUGGUUAUUUGAGCAGGGCUUGGUGAAAUCGAGGCAGUACUGUUCGCAUCAUAGCACCAAGUCUGAAAAAGUUAAUCUCAAGUUAGAAAUGUACAGUGUUCGAGGAACGUUUCCUUAUUCCGGCGGCUACGUCUGGAGCUCCAAUUGUUGUCCCGAUAGAUACGUUUCCGUCUUUUCUGGUUCUGUUUUUCAAGAAGCUCCGUACAUGCCCACUGUCCUGUUGAAGCUGAUUUAUCAUUGGGCAUGUCAAACUGACGUGCAGAACGUAGUCUCUUGGGUGAAAGUGUCCAACAUAUAUCUAAAAAACUUUUAUACAAAUCUACGUAGCAUUUGUACAGCGGCGGUAUGGGACAAGACUCGGAAAAUGGGUGGUAAAAACUCGGUGAUACAAGUCGGCGUGAUCAGUUUAGGCACCACGUCGCAAGAUGGACAUUUGCGACAGGUGAAAGUCGGGGUUCUGGGUGUUCUGGAUCCCGUCACGUCGGAUUUACGAUUACGUGCCUGUGAUCCAACACAAGACGAAGAUCGAUCGUUCAAAAGACGAUUUAACAAUACUCUAUAACCGUUGAAAGAGUGGGUGCACACGGAUUCCAGGAUAAUGAUCGAUUUCACCGUCGACAAGAGCACUGUGAACGACAUGGGAUAUAAUCACGUUGUACAGUCCGCAUUCGCGGAGCAGAAUCCUAGAAAUAUUAUGAACAACUUCCACAUCAUGGAAUAUCUACGAAAAAUCGUGCCGAGGAUGUUUCAGAACACGUUAAGUUUGCUCAGUAGACAAAUGAUACAACAAUUCUUGGACGAAUUAAUCUGGAGAGAAACGUAUGGCGGUACGUCGGAACGCGCGUUCGACAAUAUUAUCCGGCACAUCGCAGAACAAACCAAACUCGACCUAAACGACAAUCUGAUAGACCACUUGGCGAAAAUAGCUACCAAUCCGUUUCAUGACUGGACUUAUACAGCGAAGAAUUCAGCGAGCGACACGUUGACGUUACCAAAGGAUUCGGCACCGCAACAGCACGCGCAACAGGCCGCUGAUGUGGUAGCGUCUCAAAACGCCGCUGAGUCCGCCCUGUUAAAAUGCUCCGGUCCGAAGAAGCGAGGAAGGAAACGGAUUUAUCCCGCGCCAAGUCUGGAGCAAGACCCGAAGAAAAUUGCCCUGGACCCUAAGCCUAACAAGGAAAAGGAGAAGGAGAAGGAAGGUAAAGGCGAAAAAGAAUCGAAGGAUCUGAUUCCGCUCCAGGAAUUGUACUACGCUACGCUGGAAGGCGACAAGAACCUGAUUCUAAAGGAGCACAGGUCUUCGUUGUUUUUCAAGGUUUAACAAAAGCUCAUACUGACCGUUCAUACCGUCGCCGCGUAUCUUUUGUAGUACCUGAAAGAUAUCUUUUCCGUUUAAGGGGGUAUUCUAGUGUAAAAGCGGAAUUUGUAUGCUAUUUUGGUGAAUGUUUUUGGA